CGAUCCACAGACCAGAUAAUUCAAUAGGGACGCGUGAAACGCCUCCUGCAAGUAAAAUGCAAAUCCCUUCCCUUCCCUUCCCUUUCACAAACUCUCAAAACCUACUAGAUAAAACACCAGACACAUAGAUAAUAGAGAAUAGAUGGCUAAUUUCGAUGAAGCAUCUUCAGCGCAUUUUUGGAUUCACAAUUUGGGAUAUGGAUGGGCCACUCUCAUUGCUCUGCUUGCUAUCCUCUUCUUCCACUCUGCUAAGACCUUCUUCUUCUCCCUCUCUUUCUCAUCCUCCAAACGCCAUCUCCUUCCCGUUUCUCCUGUUGCCUCUGCAUCCUGUCUUUCCGUCUCUCCCUCUGGGAACCUCCAGUUAUUCCGAAUCUCAGACCUCGUAUCAGAAGCAGAUUUAAAGAUCUUAAUAGAGAAUUUGGAUGACGGGCUCCCAGAGAAUGAGAAAUGGGAAAAUGUCAUAGAUAAAAGCAAGAAACUUCUAUCUUACAGUGCGAAAUGCUGCAAACCGAAGGAUGCUCCCCUAAAAUACUUGAGUGUCACAGUAUUUGAAAAUUGCUCCCCAGAGAUUCUCAGGGACUUUUACAUGGACAAUGACUAUAGAAAGCAGUGGGACAAGACCUUGAUUGAACAUAAGCAGCUGGAGGUAGAUAAAACCAAUGGCAUUGAAGUUGGUUGUACCAUAAAAAAGUUUCCACUCUUGACGCCAAGGGAAUACAUUUUGGCAUGGAAAUUAUGGGAAGGAAAAGAUAAAACGUUCUACUGCUUUAUUAAGGAAUGUGAACAUCCAUUGGUACCUCGGCAAAGAAAGUAUGUACGGGUGGGUUUCUUUAGAUCCGGUUGGAGAAUUAGGAAAGUACCUGGUAGAAAUGCCUGUGAGAUUAGAAUGUGUCACCAAGAAGAUGCUGGUUUAAAUGUGGAAAUGGCGAAGUUGGCUUUUGCCAGGGGCAUAUGGAGUUACAUUUGUAAGAUGGAUAAUGCCCUGCGUGAUUACAGUGCAAUGAGUCAUCUUCGAAUGGGUCCUGCUGUUACUGCUGUGUCUUUGAUCCAGAAGGUUCCACCAGGAUUAGAACAAAAAAAUGUUGUGGAUACUCCAGCAACACCUGCAGUGACUGCCAUGGAUGGAUUGGUUGCUGACAGAACCAAGGAGAGGAAAUUCCUUAGAAGGCCAUCAAGGAAGGUUGUGGCAAACGGUUUGCUUCUUCUUGGUGGUGUGGUCUGCUUGUCCCGUGGACACUCGAGCCUGGGUGCUAAAGUUGCCAUGGCAUACAUCUUGACAAAGCUGAGAAAAAAUGAUGCUUUUUCAGGCGAAAGCAAGGAAAGGUGAGGUGAAUGACCUGUCCACAUUGCACAACCAAGAGUGAUCCUGGUUAACCUAAUAACACUUGCUUCGUACAGUUUUUAUUUUUGGCAUGGAAUCGUACUGUUUUUACCCAUUUCUGGAGCUCUGUUUAUCCCUGUAUGUAGAAGGUAACGCUUUCUUAACUGUUAAUCAGUUGCAUGCAUUUGGCGUUAUAGAUGUACAGAUAACUAUAGGAACAUGAUCUACUUGAACCAUAAUCUAUGAAUGAAAAGCUAAGCUGUUGAUUUUUCAAA